AUGCCUCGGCGGCUAAAUCAGACACACCCUCCUUACUUUGGGAUAGACCCUAUUAUGGGAAAACGUUGUAAUGUGUUGCCUGAUAGGUCUAGUCGUAUGCCGAUUGGGAAGCUAGGAAGUGUUGUUACAAAGAAAAGAGCUCUCCGCCCGACAGAUGUGAAUGUUUCGGCAGUUUUUAACCGUUCUAGUACAUGUAAGAUACCAGAUACUGGUCUGAUGAAAGCUACUGCUCUGGGAGGAGUGUUGGAAGAGGCUACAACUUCACGCGUUGCAAGGGGCAGACGCGUAAAACCGCACCUUAGGAGGUCACGUGAUCAGGGUCUGGAAACGUCACGUGACAAAUCUUUGAGCACGGCUGUAUCAGUUGCACUAUCUCACUUAAACACAAGGAUUCAAGUACUCAGUGGUGAAUUGGAUCAGCUCAUGGCUUUUGAAAGACUCGUUUUACUCUCACAACACGAAUUGCUAGUGGUCACACAACGAAAAAUUUUCGUCUUACACAGUGUGAUUCCCUUGACUCGUGAGGGUGUUUCUCGAUUUGGUGCUCUGAAAUUGGCUGUCAAUUCUCAAUGCUAUUAUGUACUGUACAAUGACGUAGUGUGGUUUAUGCGAUGGAAAUUCUUUUAA